AACUCCUGGAUUUCAAGUGAUCCACUGCCUUGGCCUCCCAAAGUGCUGGGACUACAGGAAAGGCUUUGGUCCAUGCUUUCCCCUUACGCCUUUGUCUCCUGAGUGACCUUGGUGCUUCCCUAUGUGAUGUGCAGUUUCUGAGGAUGUAAGUCUUGUAAUUUGUAUCAUUAAUUCGAUUUGCUCAACUCUUGAGCUCCUUCAGGCUGGGGAUUAUGUCGAAUUCUGACUUGUAGAGAGGAGUGAGGCAGUGGAUGAAGCUAGUUCUUCAAGCAUUGAGAAAACUACAAACUGGAUUCAGCUGCUGGGUUGAACGACAUAGACACAAACCUUGACGAACACUUCACCCCUGCCUCCAGGAUGAAAGGGGGAAACCUAGACCUGAAUGGGUUUGACCAUCUCACAACUGUUUGCGUGACAACCACAUUCAUGGCAGAUUCUUUUCUAAGCAACUCAAGUUUGCAGUGAUUCAGGCCUACUUCUGAAGAAACAGCCUUUUAUCUCAAUGAAUGACACAGAAAAACCAGCAGAUACUGCCUCUGAGGAAGAGGACUUUGGUGAUCCAAGGACAUAUGACCCAGAUUUCAAGGGGCCUGUUUCCAACAGGAGUUGUACAGAUGUUCUGUGCUGUAUGAUCUUCCUACUGUGUAUUGUUGGCUACAUUGUUUUAGGACUUGUGGCCUGGGUACAUGGGGACCCCAGAAGAGCAGCCUAUCCUACAGACAGCCAGGGCCACUUUUGUGGCCAGAAGGGCACCCCCAAUGAGAACAAGACCAUUUUGUUUUACUUUAACCUGUUACGCUGUACCAGUCCCUCCGUGUUGCUAAACCUACAGUGCCCUACCACACAGAUCUGUGUCUCCAAGUGCCCAGAAAAAUUUUUAACCUAUGUGGAAAUGCAACUUUUGUACACAAAAGACAAAAGCCACUGGGAAGACUACCGUCAGUUCUGUAAGACCACUGCUAAGCCUGUGAAGUCCCUCACACAACUUUUACUGGAUGAUGACUGUCCAACAGCGAUUUUUCCAAGCAAACCUUUUCUCCAGAGAUGUUUCCCUGACUUCUCUACCAAAAAUGGCACUUUAACAAUAGGAAGUCAGAUCGUGUUUCAAGAUGGAAAUGGAGGGACAAGAAGUGUUAUCGAACUCAGGGAUGCUGCGAAUGGUAUCAAUAAACUUCUUGAUGCAAAGUCACUUGGAUUGAAAGUGUUUGAAGACUAUGCAACAACUUGGUAUUGGAUUCUCAUUGGCCUGAUGAUCGCCAUGGUCCUUAGUUGGAUAUUUUUGAUACUUCUGAGGUUCAUAGCUGGAUGCCUCUUCUGGGUCUUCAUGAUCGGUGUGAUUGGAAUUAUCGGUUAUGGAAUAUGGCACUGUUACCAACAGUACACCAAUCUUCAGGAACACCCACGUUCUGUAUUAACUGUCUAUGACAUCGGGAUUCAGACUAACAUAAGCAUGUACUUUGAACUGCAACAAACAUGGUUCACAUUGAUGAUAAUACUCUGCAUCAUUGAAGUGAUUGUCAUCCUCAUGCUGAUCUUCCUCAGGAAUCGAAUCCGAGUCGCCAUUAUCCUGCUGAAGGAAGGAAGCAAAGCCAUUGGAUACGUUCCUAGUACAUUAGUCUAUCCAGCUUUAACUUUCAUUUUACUCUCAAUCUGUAUUUGCUACUGGGUCGUGACAGCAGUUUUCUUGGCGACAUCAGGGGUACCCGUGUACAAAGUCAUAGCUCCAGAGGGGCAUUGUAUACAUGAAAAUCAAACCUGUGACCCAGAGAUUUUUAAUACAACUGAAAUUGCCAAAGCUUGCCCUGGGGCUCUGUGUAACUUUGCUUUCUAUGGUGGAAAGAGCUUGUACCAUCAAUACAUCCCUACCUUCCAUGUAUACAACUUAUUUGUCUUUCUCUGGCUUAUAAACUUUGUCAUUGCAUUGGGUCAGUGUGCCCUUGCUGGUGCAUUCGCUACUUAUUACUGGGCCAUGAAAAAACCUGAUGACAUCCCACGAUAUCCACUUUUUACUGCAUUUGGGCGAGCCAUACGAUAUCACACAGGAUCCCUAGCAUUUGGAUCUUUAAUUAUUGCAUUAAUUCAAAUGUUUAAAAUUGUCCUAGAAUACUUGAACCACCGUCUUAAACGUACCGAGAACACAUUGUCUAAAUUCCUACAAUGCUGCCUGAGAUGCUGCUUCUGGUGUUUGGAAAAUGCAAUAAAGUUUUUAAACAGAAAUGCCUAUAUUAUGAUUGCAAUAUAUGGCAGAAACUUCUGCAGGUCAGCAAAAGAUGCUUUCAAUCUGCUGAUGAGAAAUGUUUUAAAAGUUGCAGUUACAGAUGAAGUUACAUACUUUGUAUUAUUCCUGGGGAAAAUUCUAGUUGCUGGAAGUAUAGGUGUUCUGGCCUUCCUAUUCUUCACACAAAGACUGCCAGUGAUUGCACAAGGACCAGCAUCUUUAAAUUACUACUGGGUACCUUUGCUGACGGUCAUUUUGGGGUCUUACCUGAUUGCACAUGGGUUCUUCAGCGUCUAUGCAAUGUGUGUUGAAACAAUUUUCAUCUGCUUCUUGGAAGAUUUAGAAAGAAAUGAUGGUUCUACUGCAAGACCUUAUUACGUGAGUCAACCUCUGCUGAAGAUUUUCCAGGAGGAAAAUCUACAAACUAAGCAGCAGUAGAAGAGCAAACUGGUCGUCCUACAGCUGUGUGUUACCUUUUCUCCAUCUGCUGUGUCCGUGCAACAUUUGUUUCAUAAGUGCUUUGUGUUUAGCAACACUGUAUUUACGACCUUGUUGGCUUGCAUUUGCAUGUUUUAUACCAAAGCUUAUACUGUAAUAUGUGAAGCCAUCAGAAAUCGCAAGGGAAUUGUUAAUAACAUAAAACAUUUUUAUACUAAGAUCAUUUGUUUUGUAAUUCAUUUUUAAAGAGUGGCUUGGAUGUUUUGAAAAUAAUACUGAAUAUGUUAAUAUUCUUUUAAAUCUUAGAUUGAAAAAUGAUACAUUAUUUAAAUUGAUAGCUCCUAAUAUAUUUUUAAAAUUAAAACUAAAAGACUUCUUCUGCAGGGAAAAUUGGUCAGCAAAGUGAAAUUAAAAAGUUUAAAGCUUUUCCCACUCUUGUUGGACAGUAAAUCAGUGAAAGGACUGCCCCACUUCAGAGUUUGCUCUCUUUAAGUAUAGAAUGUUUCCUCUUAAACAAAUUGCCAAUCAUCCAGCCUUUACUACUUCGCCCUCUGACAAAGUGCCUUACUGGCUAUUUAAUAUUACCCAGCUUUUAUGGGCAAGUUUACAAACAUUGUUUUUAAAAAAAUUAAAACCUGCAAUGUUUCGUGAUUAAAACAAGUCUUCUUGCAUUUGUUUCACUCUUAGCUCACUGAUUGGAAAACAUUUGUCAUUUUGCUCUGUUUGAUAUCCUCACUAUUAUGGAAUACAUUGUGCAGCUAAACAAUUUCCCUUGCGCCUAGUGGACAUUCCUGAAUGUGUACUACACGCAAGAAGAAACAAACCCCGAAAGAACACUUGUUGGAUUUCCUUCUUUCUUUCUUUUAUCUUUUUUUUUUUUUUUUACUAAAAGAGAAGUUUUAAAAUGAAAUGUUUUCUAUAGUAGAUCUUUGAAAAUACAGUACGUAUAAUACUGCAUUUCUCAGUGUUUUACAAAGAUCAGAAAGGGAAUCUUCUAGGAAUUACAAAGGGAAACUUUACUCCUCGAGAGGGUGCUCACAGAUGUCAUGUACUGAAUAGCUCCCUUUUAAAUGAUCAUUUAUUUUCAUCAAAGCCUAUUCUAUAUAUGCCAUUUCAUUUUCUAACUUUUGGUAUGAAAAAAUCAGUUUACUUAUAAUAGGUUAGUUGUAUUGUGCUACUAGAAACAGGAACAUAAUUUUCAAUUCAGUUUUAAAUAAUUUUACCAGUACUACUAACUUUUAAGGAAAUUCAUUUGGUUACUCCGUGUUACAGAAAGAGUUCAUAAAAGUAUUCACCCUAAGAGAAUGUCAAUCAUAUAAUGAUAAUUUGUGAAAGCUUUGAGAGUCAAUCAUCAGUAAGUUACUAUCAGUUUAUAAAAUAUUAUCACAUUUGUUUAAAUGUGACUUUAGAUACUUUUAUGCCAAAAAUAAACCCACAUGAGCACAUGACAGUCUGAGCUCUAUAAUCAGUGUGCUUCUGCUGUGCAGAAAUGUUAGAAAUGUAUUGUCUAAAUAUCUUUGAUAAUUAAAAUGUUUAAUAUUUAAUGAAAUUUGUUGUUACUUAUUGUUUUAAAACUAUUUGUUUUUUCUUUUAAUAAAGAUUUAAAUAAGAAA